AUGUUGGCGGCAAUGAACAGCCUCAACAUCGUCUCGAGGCUCACUACCACCCCUCCGCCGUCUCCUCCGCGAUCGCGAACGAGUUCGUCGGCUCAUCUGGCUUCCGAUACUAAUGAUGGAGACAAGGGCGAAGCGGGCAGCAGUGCGCGAGCACUCGAUGUUAGAGCACUGUCCGGGAAGCUGGGCGUGUCCAGCAACCCGGGCGAGGCGAGGGAGGAGGAGAACGGCAUAGACGAGAAGACUCCUCUCCUGGACGGUGGAAAGCAAGAGUCGCAGUCGCCCAGUGGGAAGAGUCGACUAUGGCAGAUUCCCAGGCGCGUGGCGCAUGCCAUCUUGUACGGCGCAACGGUCAUCUACAGCACUAUCACGGCACCAGGACGUUAUGUGAUUGCCUGCUUCUACGACGAUGCGGGUCACUUCUCAGCUAUUCUGCCUCUCAAACGCUUUCGAAGUCUACUCUCCAGGCAGAAACGGAAGUCUUCAGCGCAAGCUGCGAAUCCGACCAGCGUAGCCGAGCCACUCGCAACAGAAGAGAAGCAGGAGCGUCCACGGCCACAGCACCGCGCGUCCAAGCAGCGAUCACCAUCAGUGGAUAGCAAUGCUUCCAGCGCGUCAGCAAUGAGCUCGGAUGACAACACGGAGAAUGAGAAAGCAGAGGAUAGUCCGGCACGACAUACGCGAUCGAAGACCGCAUCAGCCGGGGAGAAAGGGGACGACAUAGCACCUCACCGGAAAAGUGGCCGAAUAAAGCUACUGCCAAAUGAAGAAGCACUUCGAAAGCGCCGCAUAGCUCGAGCCCAGCAGAAAAAAGCCGGUGUCAGCUCAGAGGAUGUCGCAGCUGUAGCCUCGACCCUCAAAUCCCCAUCCUCACCAACCGCCAACUCGAAAUUGACCCGCUACCCACGACAACCAGCACCACCACGACCGCUAGUCCCGCGGCGGCAACCCUCGUACACAUUCUCAGCAGCAUCCCCUAACCCAAAGAAAACCCUAAUCAUCGACCUCGACGAAACACUAAUCCACUCCAUGGCCAAAGGCGGCCGCAUGUCAACCGGCCACAUGGUCGAAGUGCGGCUCGGCGGCGGCAUCUCCAGCGGCGGCGUCCAACUCGGGCCCGGCGUCCCCAUCCUCUACUACGUCCACGAACGACCCGGCUGCCACGAGUUUCUACGGAAAGUCGCAAAGUGGUAUAGCCUAAUCGUCUUCACCGCGAGUGUACAAGAAUAUGCGGAUCCCGUGAUUGAUUGGUUAGAGAGGGAGAGGAAGUACUUUUCCGGCAGGUACUAUCGACAGCAUUGCACAUUUCGGAAUGGAGCGUAUAUCAAGGAUCUGGCGCAGGUGGAGCCGGAUCUGAGCAAGGUGAUGAUUUUGGAUAAUUCGCCUAUGAGUUAUAUUUUUCAUGAGGAUAAUGCUAUACCCAUCGAAGGCUGGAUCAGCGACCCAACGGACAACGAUCUGAUACACCUUAUCCCCCUGCUCGAGGGUCUGCAAUACGUGACCGAUGUUCGGGCUCUCCUGGCAUUACGACAAGGGCAGGCUCAACAGGCGUAA